UAAAAUAGAAACCAGUUAAACAUGAAUUUCUCACAUAAGUCUCCUUAAAUGCCAUAUAUGCAGGUAAUCUGCACUCAUUUGUCACAUCAAACUGGGAGGUGUGGAAUGACCUUUUCAGCUUAAUGACUGUGAUAAAGUGGAAGAUUAAAUCUGAAAUUGAACAUUGGUGUCCAACCUCUACAGCUACAUGUAUAAUACUAAUUUUCAGAUCUUGCAGUUUGUUCUCUGUGUAGGUUUUCAAUCAUCUUAGGGAGCUUGAAAAGGGCAAUGAACAAAAAGUUGUUUAAAAGCUGAUGGGAGUUAUCCCUCGGAUACUGUCCUGAGGGUCAUUGACUAACCGAUCAAUAGCCAAGGUGUGAAAAAAUAGCGUGGGUCAUUUUCUUCACCAGGGUUCAGAGUGAAACCCCUGUGAGACCUUGCCUCACACUAUCAUGUGACCUAUUGAGUUCACCUGGACAAAGGUGUUAGUGUUGAAGCUCCUGGGAAGGGAUCUGAAGACUUCACUGCAAGUGGCUGAUAGCUGCUGUUGUAAGCUUCCACUUUUGCUCAAUGACGGUCUUUCACAGCGGACAUAGACUGUGAAUCCAGGGUGGGGUAAGUUUUCGCAGUGGCUUCACCUUUAACCCGCAGUGAUGGGAAUGGCCUGCACCUUUUUAUUCACAUGACCACGUGAUGACUUAUAUUAUCAGUAGUGGGUCAGUGACCUUCAGGUUCGUGCCCAAGGGAACAACCCUCACUCGGGUAUAAAUACCUGGGACUUUCCACCGCUUGGUUUUAAACUGAAGAUAUUCUUGGAUGAAAGCUGAAAUCUUCAAAGACUUAAAGAAGUAGAGUUGCCUCUUUUUUUAAGCUCUACAGACCUUGCAUUAUUGUUUUUACGUUUAAUUUUUUUUUUCACUUCCUCACUUUAUUCUUACCCCAGUAAUAUGAGAGCUACUUCAAUCAUUUUAUUUUAAAACUAAAGCCCAUAAGCAUGCUUCGAACAAAACGAUCAUUAUUCCUCCAUCUGAGUAUGUUUUAUUCAUGUAUUUGUUUGGCACCCUUCAUAGGUUAUUGAUCACUGUGGUCAGGACUCAGAAGUUCUGUAAAAAUCCUGCUGUGAAUCUGAAACAGUAACUAUUAAACUCACAUCUUCAAAACAAAUUCACCACAAAGAACUGAAGAUAAACUGCUCUUUAGUUUCUCCUUUGUCUUUUCUUUAAGAAGAGUUUUCCUGUAUACUGUGCCUGGAUACAUAUUAUUUAUUUAUGUAAAGACAAAAAAGGUGGUGGUGGGGGGGGGGCACCUGCAAAGAUAUUUUUUUGGAUGGAAGAUCUCUGGACUCCUUUAGAUACAGUAGUGGAAAAAAUGUUUUCUUACAGUUAGAGGGGACCUAAAAUGUUCAUUGCAAGUUUAGCAACUCCAUAUUUUUAUUCUUGGACUCUAGUAGCACAAAAUCUAAUUUUUAUCUGAUAAUAGGCUUUGUUUUACAUGACUAUAUGAGGUAUAUCUGCUCUCUUUGUCAGCAUAAAGAGUCAAGAGUUGAAAAAACUGAACCUGAGUGUUUAAGGUCGUCUGAGGUCUGAUCUCUCCCCCGACGGGGACUCCUCGUACAGACUCUGAACUCAUCAUUUGAAACCUUGUCUGUUUUUAACACGAGCAUUCAAAUUUUUAUGCUAAUUUAAAAUCUCACCACCAGAUUAAACUCAAACAACCCAAUGAGACAAAAUUCCACUUUCGGGAUUUCAGGAUCUCUGCGGCUCGUCUCCUCCACUGUAAAAAUGGUUCCACUGAACUCAGAUGGGUGUAAGCGCUCCUUAGGGAGACUGUAAACCCCAUAACAGCAUAAAUUUUCAAUGCAUUUCCUCCAUCUGCUUUAGAUAUAGAUUAAUAUUUUAAUAUUUUCUGUCUACAUUCAUAUUGCAGCCCUAUAUCUGAGGCUCCAAACCUGCACUACUUUGGCCUGGACUUGACACAUUAGUGUGCAGAGCUGUCUCAGACAUACUGUAUGGGAUCACGAAACAGUCGAGCAAGCACCAUGUAGCAAUGAGCUUUAGCUAUGUGGGAUGAAAAGAAACUGCACUGUGACUGAGGUCAUAAUCUGAGUGUUGCCGACUCGACAUCCUUUCUUAAAGAUUUUUAUUCUUUUGGUGCAGAUUCAACACACACACACAUUCAAACGUGUCCAUCUUCAAGCUAACGUGGAAUUCCUAAAGCAUGCAGUUAUAUGUGCAGUACAUGCAGCAGACAGAAAAAUGUACCACAUUUAAAGUUAACCUACAUAUGAUCAAAAAUAGUUGCCUCAUUGCACCUAUUGUUCUAUUUAAACUCUUAUAAACCACUUAUUAAUAAUACAUUCGAUUUUUCAAAAUGUUUUUUUCAUGCUUGAGGCUAAAACAUUUUUUCCUUGUUUUGAUCUGACUGCAGCUUCCUUGAGUUACAGUAAAUAACAGCCUAAAAUGUGUUAUGAGGUUGCAAUAAAAGUGAUAAAAAAAAAAAAACAUUAAAGGUCUUAGUUCAGCCUUCAGUUUUCAUGCUGUUGAAUUUUAAUAACGAUUGCUCACAGUAAUUUAUAUUCAGACGGAAUUAAUUUUUGCUUAUUUAUCAUCAACUUUCUUGACAAGUGUAUCACUUUUCGACCUUUCUGCUACACUGGUGCUAUUAAAGAAGAAAGUGGCAGAGUGAGACAGUAAAAGUGGAUGAUAACCUUUAUUUUUUUCCUGCUUCAUAGGUUGUCCAAUUGAAGGGCUCCCUCCCGAGACCCCCCGCUGACUCAUAACAAGCACAACGUACUGGUCCGGGAGCUUCAUGAGAGUGUGCUCAUAACCAUCACUCCACCUCUGUGUGUGUGCGUGUGGCACCAUGCUGUGGACAGUGCUACUAGCGCUGCUGGUGCUUCUGCUGCUGCAGACUCAGCUGUCUGUGUGCUUAAGGGAAUUGCGCUCUGGGGGUUCCAGUUCUUCCGUCUACUCCCCUCCAUCAUCUUCUUCCUCCUUUUACAAUGCUACCCAGCAGCGGCUGCCCGGAGCUAUUAUCAUUGGCGUGCGGAAAGGAGGCACCAGAGCCCUGCUCGAGAUGCUCAAUCUGCACCCAGAUGUGGAAGUGGCAAAGGCUGAGGUGCAUUAUUUCAAUGUGGAGGAGCACUACCGCAGAGGUCUGGCCUGGUACCGAGCCCAGAUGCCCUUCACAGUCCCAGGUCAACUGACAGUGGAAAAGACCCCAGGUUACUUCGCAGCUCCUCAGGUUCCUGCACGAGUUUCAGACAUGAACCCUGCUGUCCGCUUGCUACUCAUUGUCCGGGACCCAGCUGAGAGGCUGAUCUCUGACUACACCCAGGUUCUGCACAACCGCCUAACACGACACAAGCCCUACAAGCCCCUAGAGGAGCUCCUACUCCACAAAGGCCAUAUUGAUCCUGGAUACAAGGCACUGCACAGGAGCCUCUAUCACCAGCACCUUGCCCGCUGGUUGGAGGUCUUCCCCAGGGAGCAGAUCCACGUGGUGGACGGAGAUGCGCUUAUUCGGGAUCCCUUCCCUGAGCUGAGGAAGGCAGAGAGGUUUCUGGACCUGCCGCCCAGGAUCAACCCAAGCAAUUUCUACUACAACACCACCAAGGGCUUCUACUGCCUCCUGUCGGCUGGACACGACAAGUGCCUGGACGAGUCUAAAGGCAGGCCACAUGCUCCACUGAGUACCCAAGCCUUGAAGAAGCUUUGUCGGUACUUCAGAAAGCCAAACAAGUUAUUCUUUGAAAUGGUGGGGAGGUCAUUUGCCUGGUGCUGAUCCACUGAGCAGAGCAACAGUGACGAUGAAACGCCUCCUGAACAGUGCCGACACAUUCAGGGACGCAGAGGGAGAGAUAAAAUGGUGUUUUUCUAGCUAGAUGAGUGGGAACGUUAAAAAAAAAUCUCUUUUUGUUGAUACCUACUCAGGUAUAAAUGUGGCCAACAUGUGCAGCACAUGUGAAGAAAACAAACUGCUGAUGUUGAACCCGUAGCCAACAUAAACCUUUACCAACACCAUGUUGGUGCCUCCAGGGAAAACCUCACUUGCUGAAGCUACAACAGCCGUGCCAUACACAAGUCUGAAACUGAAAGUACAACUAACUCCCUGUUAGUUCUCGUGUGUGGGCCGUUAAAAGAAUAUGUGACGACUUUGAUGUGAUGUAGAAAUAGAUGAAUGGUCAAAAGAUGGUCGCGUUAUUGUUGCACUAUGAACUCCAGUUGCAUAAAAAGUCAAUCAAGGUUCAAUGCAAACGAUUUUAAAGAGAAAACAAGUCUUUGCUUUGAUUUUUCUGAACAACUGUAAAACUUUUUGUGUUGGUUAAACAUUUUAAUUUUUUCCUCAUGGCUAUUUUGGGCUAUUUUACUGAAUAGAUGCUCACGAGUUCUUUUGGAAGAGGCUCACUGAAAACCUGCUUUUUGCUUUUUUUUACGCUCAAGGCCAGCAUAGUGCUAUUGCUAGUUUGUGUUAUUUUUUAAGAUGUCCUUCUAAUAAAUGUCUUCAGUGGUAAAGUCUGUUCCCUGAACUCCAGCUACGAGGUUUAAAGGGAUUUAAAAUGUCAAACAUAAAGACACGGUGAUAUAGGCUCACUGACAGGCCUCUCUGGAAACACCUCUCCCUCGAAGUGGAUGAAGAUGUUCCCUGUCAGUGUCUAUUGAACAUGUUCUUUACAUCAAAGAUCAAAGCAAGCGUACGUCUCUUUUCAUUAUUAAGUUAUUCCUGUGUAGGUGUUACCUUCAGUUUCACCACCACACCGCAACGAACGACACCUGUAGGUCACCAGAAGGGCUGUUCAGUUCCUGACAGUAUUCAAGGCCAAAUGGUUUUCUUACCUUAAUCCAGUUCAUCUGGAAGGGCUUAAAAAGGCUGACAAGUCAUAGCAUCAGUACAUAAAAUAAAAGCCUUGUGAUUAAAGGAUAUCCAGGGUGCUUUUAACCCAGACAUGUCUUUAGUUUGAUGUUAGUUUGAUGCACUUUCAAAGUACAUUCCACAAGGCAGAGUUAAAUAUAAUUUAAUUUAAUUAAGUUAAAUUGUUCAAUAAUUUAGAAGUAAAAGGUAUAAAUCUGUAAGUGUUUCAUUGGAUAACAACUAAUAACAACUGUGUAGUAGCUGCACAGCAUUUCAGAUCAAAGCAGUAUUCUUUUGUACCUGUCUCUACAGUUCCAGUUUACACAAAAGCUCCUCCUAGAGCUAAUUACUGGCCUUCAAGGUAGCUAUUUGUACCCUCAAAAGCAGGUACUGAAAGGUUUACUAAUAAUGAAGAUGGCAGAAAAAAGACAGAAAAGCAAAGAAGUAGACUGGAGGCUGUGGUUUCUUAGAGCUCUGACUGUGGAUCAAUCGCAGCUCCCAUAAAUGGAAGAUCUCUCUGGUACCCCCUGGAGAGAGGAUGACAAACAGAGAAAGAAGAAGGAAGGAUGGGACACAGAAACAAGUACAAAGAUAGUAGGGAAGGUAGGUACAUUAUAGAUAAACGGGAAGUGUUUGGGGUGUCGGCCAGCAUCAGAAUAUCCUAAUUUUGAGUGCCAAAAAGAUACACGUAUGUUUGCAAUAUUAGGGUGCAACGUAAGUUAUGUGAGUUGCUGAUCAUAAUUUGGCAGUAAUAUGCUUCUCUAAGAGGGUUAGUGUGAUACAGAUAAAUUCCCUGUGUAAAGGGUACCUUAGAGGUCAGUGUUUUGGUGGGCUUACCUUAUCGUUUGAGAGUGUAAAGGUGACGAGGGUCUCUUCAGAUAUUUUGUCAGGACAAUAGGAUAUGCUAUAUAUAUCCAGUAUAGCAUAUCCUAACAACUGAGCACAUGCAGAUUUAAUACCUCAUUUAAAUUAAAUAUGAUAAUUAUUCUGCUAUUAAAUAUUUAUUUAUAUUUAUAUUUAUUUUUUAUUUAAAUAUUUUAUUAAAUAGUUUCUAGAAAGGGACUGUGUGAAUAUUUUAGGACUCACUGUGUUUGGCUGACUGCACUGUACACUCCUGGGUAUACUGAAGAUAUCCUUUCUCCACUGUGAGCUGAGACGGCCCCUCUGCUAACUGUACCAGAUGAAUGGUUGUGUGUGCUUAACCUCCUAAGACCCAAACUCUUUCAUGGCAUGCAUUUUUAAAUUCUCUUUGUUAUUUGAGCUGUUUGGGACCUGAUGAAUAUAAAAACAAAGAAUUUCCAGGUUUUUUUUAUACCUGAUUUUAUCUCUGACAAAAAUAAGAUUGACAUACGAGGACAUUUGUUUUACAUUUCAAUCAAACAUUUGCAGUAUAAUGUCCUCGUAAGUGGUUAUCAGGCCCUUGUAGAGUAAAAUUUUAUAUUUUGGUCAAGACAUCCCAAAAUGUGAUGUCCACAUAUGUGGACGCCAGGUCCUAGGAGGUUAAUCAAUUGAAUAAUACAGUCAAAACAUGGAAAAAGCUAAUUCAGAUAAACUAGUCACCACAUGAAAAAAAUGAUUUCUUAGCUGUUGUUUUACACCAUAAACAGCUGCUUUCUGUAGCUCAACACAUUGUGAGUGACACUCAACGCAUUCUUCUGAACCAAAACAUGAGCUGAAACAGGCUACUAUUUAUUUCAAAACACCAAGAAAAAAUUCCAAGAGGAGUUUAAAGCAUCUUAUUUAGUGCCUGGUUAAUUUACACUGUAGCUUAGUGUAGCUUUAAAUCAACCAUCCCUGCAUUUCCUUUUUUUUCCAGUAUUGUGUCUCUCUCUUCUCUUGAUACUGCACCUUCUGCACACAAUCACAUAACAACACAUACUGUGACAAUCUUUUUACUUGAAAAUAUCUUGAGGAGCUGCUUUUUGUUUCCCCACUGAUACUAACAGUCUAGUCCAUAUUUUACUUUCUUCAAGGAAAAAGUCAUGUGGAAUCCUUCACGCUUUGUUAGAAUGCAUGAAGUUUUUUUUUUACAUUAAAUAACUUCAGGAAUUUACAGGUUUGAAAACUAUAGAAACAAGUUGAAAAAGAAUUUCUGAAUUCUUACCAUGUAAGCUGUCCCCGUUUUGUGUGGUGCAUUUCAGGCACUGCAGAAUAUAAUGGGAGCUGAAGGCUGACCUCUGGCUGUCACACUCCCACCAUCCUCGGGAGAAAACUGUAAAGAAGGAGACAAAGGGAGAUGUAAGAAUAAACAAAUGAUUCUUACUCUUUGAAGAUGUGAGGCAGCGCUGGCUUUCAUGUGUUCCCACAGAGGCCCACAUUCAUGUGGACAAUACAUCUGAUGUCACUGUCAAUCACAGAAAUCUUUACUUCAUGUGCUGGAGUUCCUGAGUUUGCAGCUGCUUCAUAACCAACUUUUUUUUUUUACCUGAAAGUCUGAACAUCAGGUUUAUUUUAGAGGAUUUGAUGGACAAGGUGAAGGAGUAAUCUGCCAUCAUAUUUGAUGGUAAUCAAAGAGUUCCUUUGCAGAUAUUUUACAAUAAUGCUGCUCCUUGUGGCCACAUGAUUAGCUGUAAGGAUGAACAUUUUCAUUAGUCCACCACUUUUCUCCUGGUAAGGCCAUAGCAAUGGGUCAGCAAUGGGUAUGACCAAAUCUAGACCCAGAGGCUGAGCUUCUGGGUAUCUCUAAAAUAAGAAAGUGUGCGACAUUUCAAGUCACAGCUGUCUUCAGUUUUGCAAAAAAAAAACACAUACUUUGUCCUCUGAAAUAUAAUCAGUUCUUGUUCUGAUUAUAAUGUUAGAUAAAGGCACCUUUGAUAGCAUAUUUGCAGUGCUGGAACCUUUCAUAACACUGAGAAUUUCGAGUAAACUGUGGCUCACUGUGCACAUGAAAGUGGUGCAUUUCACACCCGAGCACAUGGUGUGAUCCUCCUUGCUAUCAGUCACACCCUUUGAUGUGUACAAAUAUGGCAAAUUCAAAUGUAAUUCAUUACUUGUUGUGCACUUGCAGUACUUAAGACUGACACAAAAUCCCUAGGUACAACAGUGUGCCUCUGCACCAUUUGGGAACUACAACUUCACACAAUAAGAAGAAGAAUUGUGUGAAGUUGCUACAAAGCUACAAAUGCACUGCAAAAAACAAAACAAAGAAAAAAAAACAAAAACCACAAUAGAAAACAUUUUUCUCAGGUUUCAUGGGCUUUCUGAUCAUUCUCACCUAAUAAAGAUAUUAGUGUUAAAUUAACCCACCCAUGAGCUCAAUCACUCAAUAUGUGACUAAUGAUACCAGGUCUUAGAGACGGUUGAUUAUCACUGGCUUGUUUUGUCCAGAACAUUUUGUUUCCACUUCAGGAAAGUAGUGAUAUUACUUAGAAAGAAGACUUUUAUUUACAUUUAUUUACAGACUUUUCAUGCCUGUCCUUGCUGGGAAAAAGUGUUACAAAAUGAGUCAAAAAUGUUAAGUUUAAUUUGUUAUUAUUCAGCUCAGUUCAGAGCCAACAUUAAUACAGAGAAAUUAUUAAAAGACAACAAACAUUAUACCAAAAAAUAAAACACUGUGAAGGCGAGGUUAGAGGAAGAAGCUUGAACAAUGAUGAAAUCAGACAGCAAUGAGCAUCAGGCCAAAAGAAGAACAAAUUUGCACUUUUAUAUGCGAUAUGAAAUAAACAAAUAAAAUAGGAUCCAAAAGAUUCAGAAGGAUAUUUGUUCAUUGGAGACCUUUUCAAAAAUGCAGGGAUAAUGUGGAUGUAGAUUUUAAUCAUCUAGGUAUCACGCUCUGAAAAAAGUGAAAAUGGAAGUCGAUAGAAUGUUGUGGAAAACAUAAAGAAAUUCUGGAAAUUCAUAACUGUACUUAAAUACAGCACCACAGGACAUUACGACCCCUCUUGUGCUCGAGGUGCUGAUCUGCCUUUCUCUCCGUCUCCCUGCUACAACUACACGUGGGCGCGUAUGGGCAGAAAUACCUGCUUACCUCCUCCCAGGAGUAGGUGUGGCCACCUGAACUCCAGCUGUCUCUCAUCACUAUCAGCUGCAGUAUUUAAACCCGGCUCUCCUUGUCGUUCACUCCCAGUUUGUUGUACUAUGCUGUUGGUAGUAUCACUUGGGCUCGCAUUUCCAGUCUUACUUACCUUUGCUUGUAGCUUACCGUAGAUUUAUUCCUGGAGGGCCAGCUGAUUGCUUGGGGAGAAGGCUGGCUCUAAGCCCAUCUACAAGAACUAUUGGUGAAUAGUGGGAAAAGUUGGAGAGUGGAGCCUGGGGAGAUAUUUAGCAUUGAACCUAAGAGUCAAGUUUUAUGGAGAUUUGGACUUUUGUGUUGAGCUCCAGGCUAAUUAACCUGGGAGAGGAGCAGAGUCUGAUUUGAAGGUCUGGCUGAACUACUUUGGGGAUCUCGCUUCUCGAGUGAUUUGAUUCUUUUACUUCUAAAUGAAUAAUCUGAGUGUGGAUCCUUGCAGAUUCAUCCUGUGGAAGAGAUUGAGCCAGACCCCCGAGAGUUUGUUUUUGCAUCAUUCUCACUUGUUCUGUUUGCAAUUUCCUCAUUAAAAUCUGUAACCUUUUCAGAGCAUCUGCCUUCAAUCUUUUGGUUAAAAGAAAGGGUAACGCAUGUAUUUUGAGAAGCAUCCACUGUCUGACACUGUUUUGAAAGAUGUUUUGUUCCACGUUCAUUUGGACCUGAUAAUGGGCAAAAAAAUAAUGAAACGCCGUGACUCAGUUUAGGUUUGUCGUGUAAAGAGAAAAGAAAAAGUGUCUCGGUGUAUUCGAGAACUGUCCGCAAAGGUCAGCCCUGUUAGCAAUGUAAUAAGAUCCUGUGAGCCACCACACAUCCGAAGCAACGCGUUUCAUCAUUUCAGAGUCAUUACACCUCUGAGUCAGACAUAAGUAAACAAAAGUUCAGAAGUAUCUGUGAUUUUUUUUUUUAAUAAACUGGCCUUCUGUUCCUGUCACCCAGAGAGGUGAUUGAUCUUCUGCCGUCUCAUCACUCGUCUCUUCCAUGUAAUUUGCAGUUCAAAAGAUAUUAUCUGACGCUUCAGCCUGUGGGAACUGCAAAAAUAAUGAGAUGAGCACGACAAUGAGGUGUUGUGGUGAUACAAAACAUAAAAACUAGCUUGUCAUAAGGGAUUAUAGAAAAAUAAAAAAGCACUGCAAAAAAAUGAGGUUUUUAAUGACUGGGUAAAUACUUAGCUUUCUCUGUUUAUUUGGAAACAUAAGGCUAGAAUAGACAUUAAAAAAUGGACAAUAGGCAUUACUUCUGAGUGUAAUGCAUAUUGUUUAUUUUGUACAUUAUGGUACCUAUUAUUGUCAAAAAGAAGAAUAAAGUAGCAUAAAAUCAUAUGAUUGUGCAGUUAGAUCCACCCCUUGAUCUUCAUGUCUGGCAUAAACACACCAGGAUGACAUCAAGACAGCGAUAACUCAAGGCUUCCCAUUGAGACCUAAGCUGGGUUAAGUUCAUCUAAGUAUAUGGAAACAGCUAUCCUUAAGCAGCCCUAUGAAAAACGACGGGGUUAUGGUCACAGUCAUCAGUCAGAAUGGCUGAGUAUUUCCAGUUUGCCAGUCCAACUCUCACCAAGAAAACAAAAAGCAUGUUCUCCAGAGUUUUGAAUGAUUUCAAUAAACUGGUAGUGUAUUUGUCAUGGUUUGUGCAGGGAGGCGUUCCCAGGUAUUGACAUGAACCCCACAUGU